UAGAUAGAUAGAUAGAUAGAUAGUUCUAUAGAUAGGUAGGUAAAUAGGUAGAUGAUAGAAAUAAAUAUAUAGACAUACAGAUGAUAGAUGGAUAGAUAGAUAGAGCUAUAGACAGACAGACAGAUAGAUGAUAGAUGAAUAGAUAGAAAUAGAUGAUGGAUAGAUGGAUAUAUAGAUAUGUAGAUAAAUUAUUAGAUAGAUAGAUAGAUAGAUAGAUAGAUAGAUAGAUAGAUAGAUAGAUGAUUCAUGUAUGAGUAGACAUAGAUAUAUGAUACAUGCACAUGGAUGGCUAAAAAAAUGGGCAGAUGUGUACAUACAGAAAUGGAAUAUGGGUAGAUAGAUGGAUAAUUUAUAGAUACAUAGGUAGACAGAUGCACUGAUAGGCAGAUAAUAGAUGGAAAGAUAGGUCUGUGUAUCUUGACAGAAGUUUCAAAUGGCCUUGUAGGAGAAGGAGACUCAUACAGAGGCUCCGCACUUCUGGUACUUCCCAGGUGAAAUUAUGAAAAUGAGGAAAUCCCCAGGCUUCGGGGAAAGGGGAACUGGGAAGAAGAAGGGCCUGUGGGAGAACUGAGGGUAAAUGGAGCAGAGGUGGGGAGAGCACCAGGCUCUCCAUGUACUAGAGAACAAGUGUGUGUGUGCGUGUGUGUGUGUGUGUCUGUGUGUCUGUGUGUGUGUUUCUGUGUGAGCUCACUCAUAUGUGGGGCCUGGUUCAAGUGAAGCACUAGCUCACUUCCAUCUCUGGGCACUGCCCCAUUGUCCAAGAGGGACCUGCUGUCUCAGAGGCUUUAACUUCUAUAUCUCUGCAUGAUCAUGCUUUAGGCCAAAAAGACCUAAGGAAAGGGAACAGUCCCAAACACCACACAUCAGGGCCUCUCAUUUGGAUUCUGGUCACUUGAUAUCAGCAAAUUCCUGGGCAGCUCUCAGACUACAAACCCUUCUGCAGUCUCAGAGUAAAGAAUCAUGGACCUGUAACAUGAGUGUGGCCCAACCCCCAGCCAGGCAAUGAGACAGGACACAGGACAAUGAGGAUGUCACCCUGCCCAUAACUACAGCCCGCCUGUACAGUCACCUAAAGUCCCAGAAUGGACCAGCAGAUGGCACUGACCUGGAGCCUGCUCUACAUGGCCCUGCUGGCUCUCUGCUGGAAGCCUGGUGCGACAGAGGCACAAGACACCAUCCCUCUGCAGACCCUAAGCUGCUACAACGACUACAGCAGCCACAUCAUCUGUAGCUGGGCCGACCUGGAGGAUGCCCAGGACCUCAUUAACAUGACCCUCUAUCGCAAGCUGGGAAAGGACUACCCAGUGUCCUGCAGCCUCAGUGAUGACCUAGUCUGGUCAGAGUGCCCAUCUGCCCACCGUUGUGUGCCCAGAAGAUGUGUCAUUGCCUACACAGGCUUCAGUAUAACAGAUGAAGACUACUACUCAUUCCAACCAGAUCAGGAUGUGGGCAUCCAGCUCGUCGUCCCAUUGGCCCAGCAUGUGCAGCCCCCACCUCCUAAGGACAUCAACAUCAGCCCCUCUGGGGAUCACUUCCUGCUGAAGUGGAACUGGACCCUUGGAGAUGCCCAGGUCCCCUGGCUGUCACAGGAGGACGUCGAAUUCGAGGUGGCUUACAAGAGGCUUCAGGACACCUGGGAGGAUGCUCUCAGACUCAACACCAGCGACUUGUGGGUCUCCCUGGCGUCAGAGCUGUUUCUACCCAGCAAUAUUUAUGUGGCCCGUGUGCGCACUCAGCUGUCCCCAGGCUCAAGCUGGUCUGGAAGGCCCAGCAGAUGGAGCCCUGAGGUGCAAUGGAACGCCCAGCCAGGGGACAAGGCCCAGCCUCAGAACCUGCAGUGCUUCUUCGAUGGCAUUCAGUCCCUCAGCUGCUCCUGGGAGGUGUGGAACCAGGUGGUCGGCUCUGUUUCCUUUGGGCUCUUUUACCGCCCCAGUCCGGCUGCUCCGGAGAAGGAAUGCUCCCCGGUGGUAAAGGAGCUGCAGGGCAGCUUCUGCACCCGCUACUACUGCAAUCUAACCGUGCCCAACCCCAGGGCACACAGCCAGUAUACAGUCUCUGUUAAGCUGCGGAAACAAGGGAAGUUCAUCAAGAGCUCUGAUCACAUCCAGAUGCAUCCUCCCAGCCUCAAAGUGACCAAGAAUGGAGACAGCUACAACCUGCGCUGGGAAACUAAGAAACUCUUAUAUUCUCACAUCCAACACAAAUUCCAGGUCCAGUACAAGAAGAAGUUGGACAGCUGGGAGGACAGCAAGACAGAGAUCCUAGAUCAUGCCCAUAGCAUGUCCCUGCCACGGCUGGUGCCCUCCACCUCAUACUCGGCCAGGGUGAGGGUCAAGCCCCUCCCUGAAUACUAUGGGAUCUGGAGUGAGUGGAGUGAGGAGUGCACCUGGACCACCGACUGGGUGAUGCCCACAUGGGGGAUCGUCCUCAUCCUGAUCGUCCUCAUCCUGAUCCUGAUCCUGGCCCUCCGCUUUGGCUGUGCCUAUGGGUGCAGGCUGUACAGAAAGUGGAAGGAGAAAAUCCCCAACCCCAGCAAGAGCCUGCUGUUCCGGGAUGGAGGAAAAGGACUCUGGUCUCCUAGCAGCACAGCAGCCUUUGCUACCAAGAACCUUACCCCCCGGGGGCCACAGAGAAACUUUUUCACUGAGCUACAGGGGAUGUCACAUUCACAUACGGUGGACAAUGAAGUGUCACCUCUCACCAUAGAGGUUCCUAAAAUUGUUCAAGAUUUACCAUCUGGGCCUGACCCAACCUCAUCAGAACCCACAGAACAGCUUUCCGAUGGCCAGCGAGACCCACAAACCCAUUUUGGCAAACCUGAGAGCCAGAAACCCAACUUUGACUUUAACGGUCCCUACCUGGGUCCUCCUAAAACUCACUCCCUGACUAAUCUCCAAGGCCAACUGGUGCCCCCAGAGAUAAGUGGCAGCCUGAAGCCAGAACUGCCACACUCCCUGGAGUACCUGUGCCUGCCUCCCGGGGGACAAGUACAGCUGGUACCACUGUCCCAGGCGAUGAGCAAGGGCCAGGCUAUGGAUGCCGAGCGUGAGUCUAGUCUGAAGACCACAGAGAGCCCAUCCGUGGAACAGAGGGAUAGCCCUUCACUCGACCUGAGGGUGGAGGAACAGGAGCCAAAGGACAAUGCAGUGACUCUGUCCUUAAACUCUGGAGGCACUGAGGACCCCGUGGUGGCCUCUGGUUAUGUCACUCCUGCAGAUCUGGUGCUCACCCUGCCCACAGGGCCCCCGUCUACCUCUCUGGGCCUCUCUCUAGGGUUGCCCUCAGCUCAAGGUCCUAGUCUCUGUCUCACGCUGCCUGGGGUUCCUCCUGGAAGCCCAGCUCUUCCAGCCCCAGAACUUGAUGACUAUGUGGAGCUCCCUCCAAGCAUAAGUCAGCCCCCCAAGAUCCCUCUGGGAAAUCCUGUCCCUCCUGUGCCAAGCAGCACUGCAGUAAACCCAGGAGAGCACAGAGAGGAGGUAGCCCCAACAUCCCCACAUCACGAAGGCCUCCUUGUUCUUCAGCAGGUGGGUGACUACUGCUUUCUCCCUGGCCUGGCGCCUGGUUCCCUCUCACCACAUAGCAAACCACCUUCUCCAGGCCUGUGUCUGGAGAUGGUGGACCUAGACCAGGAUCUGUCUGUCAAAAAGCCUUCCUGCCAGCCCAUGCCCCAGGUGCCAGCCAUUCAGUUUUUCAAGUCCCUGAAGCAUCAGGACUACCUGUCACUGCCCCCUUGGGACAGCAGCCAGCCUGGGAAGGUAUGCUGAGUCCAUGCCGGACCAACCUCACCAGCAGCCCUGCUCCUCAGCCUGCGGAUCUCAGCCUGACAUCUCCAAAGAACCCCAGAGGCUUCCUCCACAAGAUGCACACACAGUCUUCUCUGCUCUCAGCCCUGGGCUCCGAGCAGGAGGUGGGAGGCUCAAGUGGAUACCUUGGGGGUCAGACAUGGAAAACAGGCGGGCUCAUGUCACUCCAAGAAUUGGUGUGGUUCUCUACGACAAUCUGAGGCUCCUGCGGAGCCCUGAGGUUCUUUCAGAGGGGACUGGGAACCCCCGUUAUGUAGAGAAGUCACUGAUGUGGACAGUGCUGCCUAGCUGGCCAGCAUGGAGCAAUGAAAAGCAAUGCAGAAGGAUGGGCAUUGAGAACUCCUGGUGCCAACUGCAGGAAAGCCAGGAUAUAGAUUCCUCAAAGGUCAAGAGCAUGGUGAUCACACAGGACAGCACAUGCAAAGACUUAGUCUGGACACCCGGGCUGCUCUCCCUCUGGAAUGCUUGCAUACCUGCUACCUGCAACUCUCACUGACCACAGAUGUGGCUAUGCUGUGGGACUGUGGGACUGGGAAAUUGCUAGCUUGUUGACCCUCAGGGCACAACGGCAUUACAAUCAUUCCAUUCUCACUUGCAUUAUUUGCUCCAGGUCUGUUCGCACAUAGCUCUUGUAUAUGUCUUGAGUAUUGGCUGUUUUUGUUGUUGCCGCAGAGGAGCUGAGUCCAUGAACGAUUUUGUACCUCAUAGUGACAUCUUUUUCAGAUGAGACUGUACGGCCCUCUCCACAUGCCUUUUGUUGGACGGACCCAUCUCCGAUAAUUGUGUUCUCUCCUAGUUUUGUGCAGGAGGCACAGUGAUGCCCUAAGCAUUGCUGUGACACAGACUGCCGAGCUGAACCCCUCUUUGGGGCCAUAUUUGCAGCAACCUUUGCAGCAAACGUGCAUGUGCCUUUGUUUAUAUUCUUUCUGCUUCCUUCUGUGUCUCAAGCCUUGCACGGGAGGUUUUGUGCCUUCUAGAGCCCGCACGCACACUGCAGAGGUCUGUCUUUGUAUGUCCUGAGGACCCGGAGCCAGGGCACAUAGUGUCACUUCUUCACCCACCUGCUCUCCAUCCCCAAAUCUGAAAGGCCCUUCCGUGACCCAUCAAGUCCUCAGGUGGACCUGGUCUGUCUCAGCAUCUUAUCUUGUGGCCUCACUCCCUAGGUGGCAGCCAUGGCUCUGCGUGUUUGAUUUUGACCCAUUGGCAGGCAGAGCAAGUGUUCCUUGGUCCCUGUUCAUCGCAGCAAAGCAAACCACUAACAUUGAAUGUGUUUCAGUGGCAAUGUUCCCAGGAGCUCUCAAUUCCUUCUAAAGCAGACCGGCUAGGGAAACAAGCAAGAACGGCUUCCGUGUAUUAGGGCAUUGACUCACAAAUAUUUUGCAUUAAGAAAGAACAUUGUAAUAAAAUAUUUGUAGCAUA